AUGAGUAUUAGAGUACUCAUUUUGUUAUAUGUCGUUCUACAUUCUUACGCCGAGGACAAUGAUUUUAUUAGUGAUUAUUUUGCGUUUAAAAAUGUCAAGAAUAUCGUUGGAUUUUCGUGCGGUGAUGUUACGAGCAAUUUUAAUCUUUUGAGAAAGCUAAAUCAUGCAGGAGUAUUCGCGAUUAUAAAAGAUCCUUUUUCGAAUCCAGAUGUACGUUUGAUAUUGAAUAGCGAUCAUUGGGCAGUAGGUGUUUUCGUGGAUUUACGUUGUCAUAAUGAAAAUCUCGAAUACAUUUUUUCCGAAAGUUCGGAACAUCGCAUGUACGGCUAUCUCUACAGCUGGUUAAUAUUAGGAUCAAAUCUAAAUCAAAGCAUAUCGAUUUUGAACGACACAGCUUACAGCAUGGCCACCGAUGUAGUUGUUGCUAUACCUAAUCAAAAUGGUUAUGAAAUGUAUGACGUAUUUAAUCAUUGCAAAUAUCGGGGUGGUUUACUAAAUGUAAUUAAAUACGGCACAUGGAAUCCUAAUGGAAAUUUGACUAUUUAUUUAAUGGAACCAAAAUUGAUUAGAAGAGGAGAUUUGAAUGGUUUGAGAUUAAAAAUAGCUGGUGUAAUUCAAUACAGACCUAAAAAUAUGCGAUUAAUCGAUUACAUGAAAGAUAUCAAUACUAGAUCUUUAGAAAGUAUGCACAAAUUUGUAUACUCCAUGAUAUCACACACUGGAGAUCUGUUUAAUUUUAGCGUACAUGCCGGAGAAAUAUAUUAUUGGGAUCGAAAUAGUAUACACGGCCGAAUGUUUGAACUUCUCAAAGACAAUUAUAUCGACAUUGCCAGCAAUCCAAGAGUUAUGGUGUCAGAAAGAUUAGAAUUUGCUAGUUUGAUCGGUGCAGCUUGGCCAGUUCGACCAUGUUUUAUGUUACUUUCUACUCCAACGAACAAAAUCAAAUUGGAUUUGUUUCUGAAACCUUUUACAGCAGGCAUUUGGGACACUUACGUAGUUUUCAUGAUCAUUUCGAUGAUCAUAGUCGGAUUGAUAUUGAAACGUGAAAAGGUAAAAAGCGAAGAGGGUUUCGGAGCUAUCGUUCUAACUAUUGGUAUCAUGAGUCAACAAGGAGCAUAUCUCUUUCCAAAAAAUUUAGCAGGUCGUAUAGCCGUGGUACAGAUAUUACUUUUUAGCUGGAUGAUGUACAAUUAUUAUUCCUGUAGUAUCGUAUCGGCUCGUUUGAGUGAACCAUUUGACAAAAUAGAAGAUUCUGUUGCAGUACUUGCCGAUACACAUAUGCGUAUUGCAGCAGAAGCUGUACCAUAUUUGAAUUAUCUAUUGAAAAAAUGGAAUUGGGAAUCAGAUUAUUUUAGAAAGAAACGUUGGGAUCCGUUGCCUCUAUCAAAAAGAUAUUUACCUAUAGAAGAAGGUAUCAGACAAGUUGGCCAAGGUAUUCUUGCUUAUCACACAGAUCCCAAUACAGCUUAUCCUUACAUCGAAAAGAUGUUUGAUUCAAGUCAGAUAUGUCAGCUGACGGAAAUUCAUCUCUUCAAAGAAUCGGUCAUGGGAAUGUAUUCUAGUCACAAUGCUCAAUUCUUAGAAAUAGCGAGAGUAGGUCUUAUCAAAAUGCAAAGUAGCGGGUUGCGAAAUCGACAAAUUAAAUAUUGGUCCUCGAAAAAACCUCAAUGUCAACAAGACGCUUUGUCAACGAGAAGUAUUACUAUUUAUGAAACAGCUUCAGCUUUUAUUCUACUUACGUUAGGUAUCCUUAUGUCAAGUGUUAUUUGCUUGACAGAAAAUAUUUAUUACCAUCGAUUCACGCAAAAAUUCACACAACAAAACGAAAAUUUUCGCUUAUCGAAACAGAGUAGCAAUCAAACGGACAACGCUAACGAGCUUCAAUUAAUUAGUAUUUAAUUUGAUAAAAUAUUUGAUUUUAUUAUCACUUAAACAAAUAUAAUUUGCACAUUUGCUUCAAUAUCAAAGAUAUUAUCCAUAAUAUCUUGCUUGUUGUACUAAUGGAGAAAUAAAAAAUUAAUAUUAAAUAAAUAAUUAAUAUCUA